AGGUACUCUUCCUCGGUGUGAGAUAUCCACCGACGACUUUGAUAUCAUUUGCAUCAUCUAUCAGCUGCCUCCGAAUAAGAGAUAACUUCAACAGGAAAAUGCCUCUAAGGCCUGACUUCAAGACCAUCCAGAAGAUGAUGGCCGAGGCGAGAGCCUUGAAGACAUCCUCCUCUGAUACAAGAAGCAGAUGGAGGAUUUGGUGGAUGCCAGCAAGAGGCUCCAGCCUCCAACAGAGGAGGAGGUGACAGAGGAUCCGGAGGCCAACUUGCUGCGAAAGGGCAAGAAGUCUGUUGGCCCUUCGAAGCGCCCAACAAUAGCGAGGCCACCCUUGGUCCUGAAGCAGACCACCAUACCUAUUGGGGUGGCCAUCCCGGAGAAGACACCUGUACCCUCUGAGGCUUCUCCUGUCCCUGCUACAGCUCCAGUUGCCGCUGUUCCAAUUGCCCAAGUGCCGGGGCAGCCGAAAAGAAAGAGAGCCAAUCCUUCGAAGGAGGACUUCUUGGGCCCAAAUUCUGAGGAGCUAGUGAAAGAGGUGUUGGAGGCUCUUCCUUCGGAGACGGCGGCAGUGGCGGUGGUCCACAACAAAUAUUGGACAAAGGAAUGGAGAGACCACACUGCCGCAUGCACCGCCGAAGACCUCAUUGCUGCCAACAGUGCCUGUGUGGCCCGUGUCCUAAGCACAAGCAUCCAACUUGAAGGCUUGAUGAAAGACCUCAAUGCCAAGAUGGAGGACCUCGCCAAGCGUUUUGAGGAGGCGAUGUAUUAAGGACGCAGUGCCAGAGGCCCGGGCCAAGACCUCGGAGGAGGAGAAAGCAAGAAAAGAAGUCGAGGCCCAGCUGGUGGAUGCAAAGGAGGAGAUUGAGCGGCUGAAGAAGGAGCUCUAUGAAGUGGAGUGCCAGGUGGCUGCAAUGACCAGAAGGGUGGAUCAUGCUAAUGAGCACCACUGGCCCGCCAUAGAGGCUCUGGAGGCCUCCAAUAAAGAAAAAGCUGAGCUGAGGCAGAGGGCGAAAGCUCAAGCUGAGGAGAUUGCCUCCCUGAAGGGGGAGAUGAAGUCGGUAGGGGAGAUGGCGGUGCGGAACUUUAUCGAUCAUUUCGAGGAGCACCCCCUGUACGACGACUUUGCCAAUUACUGGGCCUUUUGAGGUGCAGAAGGACUGUUGGGUCGGCUAAAAGAGGUCCACCCUACUCUGGACAUAUCCUCUUUAGAGGCAGAGUUUGGUGGGCCUACUGGAGGCUGGCCUGACAGGUUUGCCGAGGAGACUCGAGAGGUCUCGGAGAGGGACGAGGCGGAGGCUGGCGCGGAUGAUGCCCCAGUAGAAUGGGGUCAUUCCUGUAAUGGAUUCGGCCUCUUUUGUAAUUCAAUUUUAAAUGAAUGAAAUGAAAAUUUUGUCUAAGUAUUGUUGCUUCUGCCUUUUCAUUGUGUUGAGCUGUUUAUACUCGAGUAUAUGAAUGACAAGCACUUAAGCAAACAAUAAGCACCACUUAUCGAUAACCAGUCGAUAAAAGGAGAUCGGAGCAAUAACAUAUUAAAUAAUUGAGGCAACAACUCAUUAACUGAUUAGACAUAAAGAACUGAAGUAUCAUUACUUAGAGAUUACAUCAUCCAUCACUAAGGCAAUUUCAGCACUUAGUAAGAUAGGGAAGUUACAAAUGAGAUCGGAUCGUGACAAACCACACAUUAGACAGCAUCGAGAUCUGAUCGGAGCAUACGUUCAUCAUUGAUCGUACUUUCUCAAGUGUUCGAUGUUCCAUUAAUGAGACAGUAUUCUCUCUGUCAUAUCUUCAAUUUUAAAAGUACCCGGUUGGGACUCCUUGCAGAUGCGAUAAAGACCCUCCCAAUUUGGUCCAAGCUCUCCAGCUUCAGUUGGCUUUGAUGAUUGGAAGACCCUUCUAAAGACGAGGUCCCCCAACUAAACAGUUCGAUUUCUGACUUUGGAGUUGUAAUAGCAGGUCAUUUUCCUUUGAUACUUUGUCAGUUUUACUUGGGAGGUAUCCCUCCUUUCUUCAAGGAGGUGGAGUUCGCUCAUUCGAGUUUCGUCGUUAUCGAUCUCAUUGAAAUGUAUCCAACGAUGCGAUGGGACCCCUACCUCGACAAGGCUCAUGGCUUUGGCUCCGUAGGUCAUCGAGAAGGGUGUCUCCCCUGUAACGAUUCGGCUAGUUGUGCGGAUGGCCCAGAGGACGUGGGGAAGCUCAUCGACCCACGCUCCCUUUGAGGCGUCAAGCUUCC